CACUGCGAUCUAGAAUUGUAAACAAAAAUAAGUAACUGCAACUGACUUCAGAACUUCACUAGAAAAACGUUGAAUUGUUAUCUGCUCUACCAAGUUUACUGCAUUCGAAUUUGUAAAAUAUCCAUGAUGGAUUAUUAAUUAGAAUUAGAAUUAGAAAUUAGUGUCAGUAUUGCUGCCCUCGGAAAUCAUGGACAGCUGCAAGUCCCAGUGCAAUGUAUGUUUAGCGGAUUUCGACGACAUUGAAGACCUCGCCAUUCAUAAUUUGGACCAUCUCGUGAUCUCAAUUUCAUCAGUCCCGCUAUGCCCGUGGUGCGAAAUAGAAAUGCCAGUUCUAGCUGACUUCUGUCAUCAUGUAAUGAAUCACUUUAUAGAAGGUGAACUGGAACAGGCUAGAUUCAUUGAAUGGUUGUCGAAACAGAAUAGCAAUGACUUCAACAGCACAAAUAGAAAAUCAAAAGAAGAAUGGAAAGCAGUAACGGUCGAAGUAUUUGAAGUACGGUUACCAGUGAUUACGCAAGAUUUCCUAUGCUUAUAUUGCGAAAAGCUGUGCGGUGGUCAAGGUCAAAAAAGCGUGAACCACAUCUUGAGUCAUUUUCCAACCAUCUCUAGUCAUAGAAAAGUUCAUGUGGUGCUGUGGUUCACGAGAUUUUUCGAAACUGUGGAAUCGACUUCCAUUGUUGAAACUUACUGUAAUUAUCUUCAAGAGAUCAAAAAACUUGAUUCGAAUUCGCACCUGUUGGAGAAAAUCUCAAUGUUCGAAAAUGAUAACACGAAUAAAUGUCGUCUGUGCCAAUGUCAACUACCAGAUGCAGCAAGUUUGUAUUGCCAUUACAUGAAUUAUCACUGUGAUACUCCCAUAGUAUAUUGGAACUGCUCUAUUUGUAAUUUCAAAGAAGCAGAUAGUACCGAAUUCGUGAACCACGUGUAUACAAAACACAUGAGAUGUAUUUGUGGUAAAAAAUACCGAAGUUUUGAUGCUUGCCUUCGUCACUCAAAUAAGUGUUUCCGAGCUUGCCCUUACUGUAAGGUCAAACUCCCCUUUGAAUCUAUGAUCAGGCAUUUGAAUAAAGGAAGAAAAGAUUUAAUCUGUCCGUAUUGUGGCGAUAGAGAACACGAUUUGGAAAAAUUGAAAAGCCACGUACGUAGCUGCCCUUCGCCAGUUCCUGGUGUUUCUUGUCCAACCUGUAAGAAUUUCAGAUUCAACGAAGACGCAAAAUUAAAGGAACAUUUGUUAGAAUGUAAACCCUGGUUCGAUGAUUCUAGUGAGAAUAAGCCUUGUCAACCGUCACCGUUUAUUGAAAAAAAUAACCGCAUCAACGUUUACGAUAUUCGAAGUUAUUUGGACGAAAAAAUAGUUGGUAUGAUAGAAGAUAAGUUUCUAUAGUAAUUCAUCUAUGUUAAUGCUUUGUUAGUUUUUCCUUUUUGAGUAUUAUUUUUAAGAUGACGAUUUCCUGUUAUGUUGUUGGUAAGAAACGUGUGUUCUACUCAUCUGUUUACUUGAUUUAAGACUGAAUUUUUUACAAUUUUAUUUGUCAGUAUUUUGUACACUUCAUCUUCAUUGUAUCAAUGUGAGAAUAUAUGAUAGGUACUUUGAAAAAUGAGCUCUCUUGCAAUAUAUUUAUUUUUUCAUCACUUCAUCAUCUAAGUUUCGGCUUUCGUCAAGUCCACGCGCUUGCGCAAUGCGUGAUGCUAAAGCUCUGUUCUAUUCGCUGCUCCGAGCAACUCCGAGUUGCUUCGAGCAGCAAUACUGUGUUCUUUUGGCACAUUUUUACUCGGAGUAAUCCGUCUAAUCGUUCUUUUCGCAAGGAGUAGAGUCAAAAGAGCUGCUCUAGAGCAGGUUUUUCUACACCUGCUGAAAAGGAAGUGCAGAAGGAGUAGAGUAAAAAGAGCAGAUUUUUUAAGGCGACAUUUUUUUUUUUUUUUACAAUCAGUAUUCCGACAUUCCGUUUUACGAGUGUUUAUUUUCUUUUUUUUGUUGAAAUUUAGUUGUUUUACAAGGUGUUCUUGGAUUUGUGUUCUUUUCGAAGACUCAUUUCCCCUACUCUCUCUACUCUUUUAUCAGUUCCGGAGAAAAUCACGAGAGUACACAGAGCUACUCGGAGUAGCGAAUAGAACAGAGCUUGUGGUCCCGGCUACAUUGAAAUGCUCCUUGGUAAAGUUGUGAUAACAAAACCCAAUAAAAUUUCGUUUUGGUCUUUGAAAACCAAAAGUUUUCAGUUUUCCUUUCUUGUUUGUCAAACGAAAAAUUUUGCUAAUUUCAGAAUUCAGACUUCAGUUUUUCAGUAAGUUAUCUCGUAGUAUGGUAACGUGAAUCGAUAGAAUGUUCGAAUACAGUUCAGCUAGUGUGAAAAUAUUUUGAAAUUGAACAAUAAUAGUGCUGUUAGGGUUACUCAAACGACGACAAGAUGAACGAGAAAACCAUGAAAAAGAUCGCUGAUCAAAAAUUGAAAGCGUUCUCAAUCGGUUCGAUGGGCAAUCGAUCGAUGAGUAAACGAGAGUUGGAAGAAAUGAAGAAGAAAGAACAAGAACAAGCCGCUGCUCAAGCUUUUCAAGAAUUCAUAGCUGAUUUCGAAGAAGCUCCGUCGAAUAAGGUUAAUAAAACAUGGAUUAAAGCUGGCACCUAUGACGCCGGUAGAAGGCAGGAAGAUUCAAAGGAUAGAGGUAAAAUUUACCGGCCGACGCCUAAAAUCGAAACUGAAAAGUCGAGCGCUGUCAGAGCCGAGGAAUAUGCCAAACAGUUGAGUGAAAAACGACCCGAAAAACCGAAGAAAAAGAAAGAAGGCGAAAAGAAGAAAACGAAUUUGGAAUUAUUCAAGGAAGAAUUAAAAAUGAUACAAGAAGAAAGAGAAGAACGACACAAGUACAAAGGAGCUAUGAAAUCAACUUUUGAAGAACCUGAAUUAUCUAAAGGAACUGAAGAUGGUAAAUUAGGAUCUUUCGAUAAUGGCGAUCCAAAUACUACGAAUUUGUACUUGGGAAACUUGAAUCCAAAAAUUACCGAACAACAAUUAAUGGAGGUUUUCGGAAAAUAUGGUCCUUUGGCGAGUAUAAAAAUAAUGUGGCCUCGAUCCGACGAAGAAAAGGCUCGUGGUAGAAAUUGUGGUUUUGUUGCGUAUAUGAGUCGUAAAGACGGAGAAAGAGCUCUUCGUUGUUUAAAUGGUAAAGAUGUAAUGCAAUACGAGAUGAAAUUAGGAUGGGGUAAAGGAGUUCCGAUACCACCUUUUCCAAUUUAUAUUCCUCCUAAGCUCUUAGCUAUGACGAUGCCACCUCCGCCUUCUGGUUUACCUUUUAAUGCCCAACCACUCACUCGUGAUAAGCACAGACUUCCCAAGAGUAGAUCUGGUGAACUAUUGUGUCCAGAAGACGAAGAACGAAUGAAUAAGGUUUUGAAUCAAGCUAUUGUUAAAGUUGUUGUUCCUACAGACAGAAAUUUAUUGAUGCUGGUUCAUCAUAUGAUAGAAUUCGUAAUACGAGAAGGACCAAUGUUCGAAGCUAUGAUAAUGAAUAAAGAAAUAAAUAAUCCUAUGUUCAGAUUUUUAUUCGAAAACCAGAGCCCAGCUCAUAUUUACUACAGAUGGAAAUUAUUUUCCAUGUUACAAGGUGACAGUCCCAGAGAAUGGAGAACAGAUGAAUUCAGAAUGUUCAAUGGCGGUUCUAUUUGGAAACCUCCUCCCAUGAACCCGUUUAUAAAUGGUAUGCCGGAUGAACUCGUCGAAGAUGACGUAGAUGUACGAAAAGGCAGCUUGAGCGUUACUCAACGCGAACGUCUAGAAGAUCUUUUACGCAAUAUUACCCCGGAAAGAUUAAAAGUAGCCGAGGGUAUGGUAUUUUGUAUAGAACACGCCGAUGCUGCCGAAGAAAUUUGCGAAUGUAUUUUAGAAUCGUUAUCAAGUUUAAGCACCGCUUUGUAUAAAAAGGUUGGAAGAUUAUAUUUGGUAUCUGAUAUUUUGCACAAUUGCGGUGUAAAAAUUUCCAAUGCUUCGUUCUUUCGACGAGCUUUGGAAACUCGUCUGCUGAAAAUCUUCGAAGAAACGAGAAAAACUUACGAAAAUAUCGAAAGUCGAAUCAAAGCCGAAGGAUUCCGUACCAGAGUUAUGCAAAUAUUGAAAGCCUGGAGCGAUUGGGCCAUUUAUCCUAAAGAAUUUCUCAUCAAAAUACAAAAUACGUUUCUAGGAUUAUCACCUUAUCAUGGUUACGAAGGCAGUGAUAGCGAAAACGACGACCGUAUCGCCGGUUCCGAUUACGGCUGUAAAGUGCCCGACGAUAGCGAACUCGAUGGCGCACCUUUAUCUGAAGGGAACGAUGGCGAGGAUCUUGAUGGUAUUCCAUUGGACGGUGCCGCUUUACUCAAAGGCGCACUUAAGCAUAAAUAUCCGAUGAUGAGAAGCGUUGUGCACGACGAUAUCGACGGCGUACCGCUUGACGAUGAUCUCGACGGUGUACCCCUGGAAGACGAUACACCGUAUCAUAAACAAAAACCGAAAAUUGAUCGAUCGGCGGCGUUCGUGCCUUCGAAAUGGGAAAGUGUUGAUCCGGAAGAAGCCGAAGCUCAAGCUAUGACUACCAGUAAAUGGGAACUGCUAGAGCAGCAAAAUGCCAUGUCUGCUGCUACCUCUCAAGAUUCGCAAGAUAGUCAACGCGAUGUUGGAGAUUAUCCAGCCGACGAUGGCCUCGAUUCGAGUUUCAACAGAGAAGAUAGAAGAGCUAAACUUCGAGAAAUUGAGGUGAAAGUGAUGCAGUAUCAAGAUGAAUUGGAAUCAGGGAAACGUAGUCUGAAAGGAGGUACUUCUAUUCAUCAGCAAGUCGAACAUUAUCGAAGAAAAUUAUUAAGAAAGGCUGAAAAAGUAGAACGAACCGAACCGGAUAAGAAAGACGAUAAACGAGGCAAAAGAAGUCCAUCUUAUGACGAUUACUCUUCGAAUUCAAAAAGAUCAAGAAGAUCGCGAAGCUAUUCCGCUAGUCCUUCCCCCGGUAGCAAACGAUCCCACAGAUCUCGUAGCAGCACUCGCAGCCCAACGUACAAAUCGCAAAAAGACUGGUCACCCGGUUACAGAUCAUCGUCCAAAAGAGUGCGCGGAUAUUCGCCUAAUUCUCCGCGAUACAAACGUGAAUCGCCAGUUUCUAAACGACGAGCAGCGUCGCCAAAUUCGCCGCAGUCGCAUAAACGACGUCAAAUGUCACCCGAGUCUCCCGGCCCUAGAUCAAGACACGGAGGUCCGUCCGGUUCGCCAUCGCGGGGUAGAUAUAAUAGAAGCAGAAGAUCGGAAUCUUAUUCGCCUCCUCGAUAUCGCCAUGGUAGAGGAUAUUCUCCAGCGUCUCCUCGUAAACAUAAACAUAAGCAUAAGUACUAAGCUUCGAUUUUUCUGUCCCCUUUUUUUUCUCUUUCUUCUUUUUCUACGAAUUUAUUUAUUUUGUAUUAUAAUUAUAAUUAUUGUAUGUAUUAUAAUCCUUGUGAUAGUAGGCUACUGUAUUUUUCCGAUUAAGUUGUUCAUUUUUUCGAAUAAAUUGAUUUUGGCAUGUGAAUCUAGA